AUGCGCGCCCCUUCAACACCUGCCGUUUCGUUCCUCCGCCAAUUCUCGUCCACGGCCGCUGCGGCGCACCCCCCGCGGGAAACUCACCCACCUGUCCGAACGUCGACGCCAUCAUCCACGAGCAGACUCCAAUCUAUCAACAAGGACCGCAUGUCCGUCGGCGGAGCCAAUUCCCGAAGCCCUGGCGCCAGCUCUAUGCACCGCAUCGGCCAAGCCUACAGGGAGCGCGCGGCUGCAAGCCUCCACAUGAAGCAGGAGCAGAUCGACUUCCUCAAGAACAAGAAGCUAUCCAACGAAUACCUCCGGCAGAUGCCUCGCCGAUGGGUCCCGGGAGAUGUCUACUCGCCGCACGACCUGAGCCCUCGCGAGAUGGACAAGUGGCGCCGAAGGAACCAGCGUGAGGCUGACGUGGUAGACAUCCUUGGCCUUCGCCCAUUGGACAUGUACAAGAACUUUUCUCUUAUCCAAGAAUUCACGACCAGCUCUGGACAGAUCAAGCACUCCAAGGAUACUGCUUUGCGGCCCGUCAACCAGCGUAAGGUUGCCAAGAUGAUUCGCAGAAUUCAAGGCAUGGGCCUCUACCCGACCAUCCACGACCACCCCGAGCUUAUUCGCUCGGAUUUCUACCCCUCUGAGCAACGUCGAGGUUAA